CUCGGAACAUUCUUUCGUUUCUCGCAACAACGGCAGCGAGGAUUAUACAUCCUCUUUCACGCCUUGUUCACCUUAUCAGUCGGCCAGAAUGCCCAACCGCAUCAGCGAUCACCGCUUUCGUAGGCCGUUGACGUCAAGCAGGCAUUCAAGUAUCGUUCGAUGAUCCACGCCCGUCCACACCACGCUCUCCAGGUGGCCUUCAAUCGUGCUACACAUACGCCUCAACAAACCAUCAACCGCGCCUCACGACAUUUCAGAAAAAUGAGUGCAGUGACUGUUCAGCCACUUCCAUCACGCAGCCCCGACUCCUCGUCCGCCACAAGUCAUCACGUAGGUAGUCCUCCAACCGCCUUCCGCAAUCCGUGGCCGUCCGGUCAGAACAAACCAACGCUGUCCACAGUGUUGAAAACACGCUACGGCGACCAUCCCGAAAAGGCAUUCGUCCCCGUUCCUCAGGGUGCCAAUGGACAGCGCUCAGGCGAGCUUGUCAACGUACGACGUCCAGACUGGGCUCAGGACCGGCCAGAUCGGCUCCGCGCCACUUGGAUCGGCCAUGCAUCUUUUCUCGUCGAGACGCCUGUGACGCAAGGAGCGAAAAGAGGAGUUCGCAUCUUCUUCGACCCCGUCUUCAGCGAACGGACGAGCCCCUUCUCCUUCCUCGGACCCAAACGUUACUCGCCGACUCCAUGUUUGCUCUCUGAGACCCCCGAUGUCGACAUUGUCUGCAUAUCUCACAAUCAUUACGAUCAUCUCGACUAUGAUGCAGUGAGCCAGCUUUACAAACGGCGUGGAGCCAAUAUUCACUUUCUCGUCCCACUCAACGUCAAACCUUGGUUUGUGAAGCACAUAUGUCCCCCGGAGUGUGUGACGGAGAUGGACUGGUGGGAGAGCGUAGAAGUGCGCGUGCCCGAGGUGGGAAGCGUCACGUUGACCGCAACGCCCUGCCAGCACGCCUCACGGCGCAGUGCGUUCGACGGAGACCACGGGCUUUGGUGUUCGUGGAGCCUGGAAGCAGCGCAAAAGAAGCUGUACUUUGCGGGAGAUACUGGGUACCAAGCACCAGACACACCAUCAGCAUGUCCGACUUUCGCUCAGGUUGGCAGCACGCUUGGGCCCUUCGACCUCGCGCUGCUUCCCAUCGGGUUGUUCAAGCCGCCAAGCAUGAUGGGCGCGGUGCAUUGCUCGCCCGAGCAGGCUCUACAAAUCCACAAGGAUGUUCGAUCCAGGCUGAGCAUUGGCAUGCAUUAUGGCACGGUGCGAGGCGGCGUCUCCGGGCAAUACGAGCCGGUCACCGAGCCUCCUCGACGAUGGCGCGAGGCUGCUGAGAAGGAAGAUUUGUGGCGAGGAGGCGGCAUUGAAGGGGAUGGCGAGGCAGUUGAUACUUCCAGAGAGGGAGCUGGGUUGUGUGAUAUUGGAGAGACGGUGGCUGUGUGAGGCGUCAAGACUGGCUGCACCGCAUUUGACGCAAGCAUAUCUAGGUGCCAAUUUCGAUCCUAGACGAUUAUACUGUAAUUCGAGCGAGGGGAUAGAAGGCGGAAUCGUCAACAUUUAAAUGCGCAAGCUCGCAGGUGUCGUCAUUCGCAUGUGAAUGUGCAUCGGCGCUCGCAACCUAAACUCCGAGCUUUGUCAAGACACCCGACCUUUGGCU